AUGGCAUCUUCGAGUUCAUCCUAUACACCCCCAUACGCUUUCAUAUCCACUGAAAAUGAUAUUGAAUACACUAUUCAAAUACCGGACCUCAAAAUAGUCAAAAAGCUCUUCGGUCCAAAUUUGUCCGACAAUGGGAAAAUCGACUGUGAGAUUAUGGAAACUGGAUUUAAAUUCAGUUUCAUCGGAAGUAAAGACCUUACCGGUAAAAACUAUACCCUCUUUGUAUCGAACUUCCCCAGUAAAAUUAAUCCUUGUAAGAGUAGCUGGAAACCGCGAAAUGGAGCAGUCGACGUGAGGCUACGUGUUUCAGACAAUCCAAAAGAAGUCGAAGCCAAGUUGAGGGAGGAGCGCCUGAUUGAAGGACCCGAAUCCACUGAAUAG